AUGAUAGAAAAUAACCUAACUUAAUGUAACAUUCAAAAAAGCUAAUAAAAAUUACUAAAAUUAGUAGAAAUAAAAAUACAUUCAUCAGACUUAGUACGUUCUCGUUAAAGUGAAAAAUGCCUUAUAAAUAUAUAGGUAGGACCAUAGAUCAUAAAGGAAAAACUAUAUGGGAAAUAGUGGGAAAUUUAAAAAAUUUUGGUGUGGGGCGUAUGAUUGUUAGAAACAGUUUUGAGCGUUACCCAGAAAAAUCGUACAUGAGAAUUCUGAAAGUAGAAGCUCUUCCAAAUCCAGCAAAACCUUCCAUGGAUGAACGACGUAAAGUAAAAGUUUAUAUUGAUGAAGUAUUUCGAGGAAACAAAUGUCCCGAACAUUCAAUGAUAAAUUUAGCAAGUUAUAAAGCAGAUUAUAAGCUAAUUCCCAAAGAUGAAGAAGCUAAUUACAUUGACAACAAAGCAUUAGCAACAAGGAUUGUUCCGAGAACAGUAGAAUUACCUCCCUUACUCAAAGAACUAGUUAUAAGAGAAAAUUUAGCUAAUGGAGAUCCAGCUGAAAAAGACAAUGAAGUUGAAGUAGCUUAUGUUCAAGGUCCCUAUGCCAGAUAUCGAAUAGCAAAAGAAGGUGAAAAACCCGAUUUUGAAAUAACAAUGGGGCUUGGAACUCCUGCAUCUCCUAGUUUGUAUGAAGGCAUUGGCUUAGAUUUUUCCAAAUAAUUAUCUAUUAAAACCAUAAUUGAUAGCUGGUGAUGUAAUUACAGGUGUGUAGUAGGUUUCUAAAAAGGCAACUUUUUUGAAAGAAUAAAUUCAAAAUACCUUAAAGAAACAGAGCAGCAGUUCAUUAUUGACCAAGUUUACAUCAGGUCAAGAGCUAUGGUAUUUUAGAAAUAAAAUUUUUUUCAAUGUAAUUUCAAGAGAUUCAUAUGAAAUAAAGAUAUUAGUAUA